AGAGCCGAGCUCGCCCAGAACCGCACCAUGGGCGCCGCCGCCUCUGCUCCCGCGGAGCUCACCCCUCCGGCCUCCCUCCGCCCCAAAUGACCCCCCAGCUAGCUCCCCAUCGCCGCUCUAAAGCUCCUGCACCCGGCCUCACCUUGCUUCUUCCACCAGAACGCCGCCACCACGAAGCAGGGCCGCCGCCGCCCCUAGGCCACCGUUGAGCUCCUACCUCCGCCUUCCCACGGCUCCGAUUGACCUCGGGAACGGCUUCACCUCGCCCCAACGGAGCUCCCAAGCCCAGCCACCUCCAUCCAUGGUCGCCGGAACGCCGCCGCCACGGCACAGUUCCGCUACUGUCCGCCGGCGCAUGUGGAGCCGCCGCCUCGGACCUCCUCCCCGCGAACCAAGGACACCCAGAGGUGCGAUAGAUGAACCGCAUGGAGGAUGUGAUGUCGGAGCCGAGCCAGAAGACGGUGAAUGGUGGACACGUCUAGAAGAUGGGCGGUUGGAUCCCGAUGUGCUCGACCGAAGGAGAUGCUCGCUGAGCACUUAUUCUUUAACUAACACUGACCUAGUGUUAUUUCCAGGUGGUACAUCUGAGGAUGUGGUUGACGUCAUGUACGGGCUCAUCAUGACGUCUUGAUUCGUCGGUAGAAUAUCGUUCAUUUCUCCGCCGCACUUAAACUCUGUUGUCUUUUUAUGAAUUCAAAUUUGG